AUGAACACUCGCAGCAGCAGCAGCAGCAGCGGUGGCACGAGCCAGGCCAGUCUCAUGGCGUUCUCGGAGCCGCCGAAGCCGCCGUCGCAGCCGUCGCCGCCGUCGUCGCCGAGCGAGCGGCCGUCGUCGGGGCGCGGCAGGCGGCGGACGCAGGAGCCCGGGAGGUUCCUCGGCGUGCGGCGGCGGCCGUGGGGGAGGUACGCCGCCGAGAUACGCGAUCCGACGACCAAGGAGCGGCAUUGGCUGGGCACGUUCGACACGGCGCAGGAGGCGGCGCUGGCGUACGACCGCGCCGCGCUCUCCAUGAAGGGCGCGCAGGCGCGCACCAACUUCGUCUACACGCACGCCGCCUACAACUACCCGCCGUUCCUCGCGCCGUUCCACGCGCAGCAGUACGCCGCCGCCGCGCCGUCGUCCAUGCAGUACGGCGGCCAUGGGCACCACCACCACCACCACCAGCACGGGGUGGGCACGCCGCACAUUGGCUCGUACGGUCACCACGGCCAUGCCGCGGCGUCGGGCGCGUCCUCCGUCGGCGAGUGCUCGACGAUGCCGGUGAUGGUCCAGGUCGAUCCCCACCGCUCCAGCAUGUCGGCUUCGCUGUUGGAUAGGAACGGCCACGACUUCCUCUUCUCCGGCGCCGACGACAACUCCGGGUACCUGAGCAGCGUGGUGCCGGAGAGCUGCCUCCGGCCGAGGGGCGGCGCGUCAUCAGCCGAUCAGGACAUGCGGCGCUACUCCGACGCCGACGCCUACGGGAUGAUGGGGCUCCGGGAGGACGUGGACGACCUGGCGCAGAUGGUCGCCGGGUUCUGGGGCGGCGGCGACGCCGCCGACCAGCUCGGCGCCUGCGGGUUCCCGGCGAGCGGCGGCGGCGCCGACAUGGUCGUCGCCUCGUCGCAGGGCUCCGACUCCUACUCCCCCUUCAGCUUCCUCUCCCACUGA